AUGGCUCGCAAACCUAAGGAGGAGAUUCCAAAUGAAGAAAUCUCUGAUUCAGAGGAUCUUCAAACACAUGCUAGCAAAAGCAGCGCGUUGGAAGAUACCAGUGAAGGGGAGCCCCAGGAUACCAAUGAAGAAACCGAUUCUCAACACGAGGAUCAAACUUCAGAUGAAGCAGAUGAAGCAGAUGAAGACUAUAGUGAUAACUUGAAAAAUUUUGAUGAGGAAGAUGAAGAUGAUGAUAACGAAGAUGAAGAAGAAGAUGAAGUCUUAUUAUCUAAUUUCACAGAUUUCCAGUCAGAAUAUCAAAAUCAAAAUAAUGGUCCUUCAAACAAUAGAGCAGACUUAUCAUCACCAGCAGCAGAGGCGGCAGAUGACAGCGACAACGAUGCCGACACGGAAUCUUCCGAAGAAAACAGUGACACAGAGUCUUUCGCUUUAGCAGAUGAUAGCGAUGCUGAAUCAUCAUCAUCAUCAUCAUCACCAGAAAACGAAACACCACAGACACCUCAGAACCAGUCACCGCCCUCGAGCCCAGCAUCGACACAUUCUCAGUCAGCACAACCAUCACCAGCAUCACUGCCAUCGUCACCAGAAUCGAUGUUGUCAUCACAAUCAUCUUCUCCAGCCCCAGCUCAGUCUUCACCUUCAGGUAGUUCAAGCGAUGAAGAGGAUAGCGAUGAUGAAGAAAAUGAUAAUGCCGAGAACCAUCAAGAAGAAAUUGAUAACCAAGUCAAAGAUGAAGAGAGCAAGAAAGAAAAGGGUAGUGAUGAAAGCCACAAUAGUGAAAAUUACAAAAGAAAUAAUAACCCAGUUGAUACCAGCAAUGGAGAAAAUGAAGAAGAAGAAGAAGAAGAAGAAGAAGAAGAAGAAGAAGAAGAAGAAGAAGAAGAAGAAGAAGAAGAAAAUAAUAGCCAAAUCGAUAGCGAAAAUGAAGACAAUGAAUCAAAAAUUGAAAGCUCGCAAAGAUCUUUAGGUUUUCGAAAUGUUUUCACCUCAUACCAACAACGGUUUUCAUCACCAGUGAAAUCAACACCCUAUGAUUUGAAUGACUCUGAUAGCUCCUCAGAUGAGCAACCGACUUCUACAUUGCAGGACAUACUAAUCCCACCGGGCUCGUUUCCUGAUGGCCUACCUACGCAAGAUAUCAAACCUAUCACUGAUCGUGAUGUAAAUGACUACUUUUCACAAGAACCUACUCAAACUCUACAUACUGGCCUUGCAGCAUCUUUACUUCGUGCCACAGCAGAUGCUGCUGGUGUUGCAGACGACUCCUUUCGCGGUGAUUUGGCUAGCCAUCUUUACGCAGUACAUCUUGCCCGGCGUGCUGGUGAGCGUGUCCCUACACGCUGGGCUGCAUGGCCUCUUAGACCGGAUCUUGAAGACGGGCCUGAGGAUGUAUUGCCCAUUGACGAGGACGAUGUGCUUGAUAUCGAGCAGCGUCCUCAUCGUGUCAUGAAGUUUGGUUGGAAAGAUCCUUCAAGCGAGGAUUCAUCGUGCUUGACGUCAACCUUGUUACGCCGAAAACGACGAAGAAUCAAUGAACAAAGUGACCCUUUUGAUGUGGCCCGUGGAAACAUUAAUUCUAUGCGAGAAAAUAAUCUUCAACGCAAAAACAUUACACAGCAUGGACUUAUUACAGUACAAACAGAACAAGACUCUGAAGAUGAAAAAAACAAUGAUGCAAAAGUUCCGAGAAGACAUGGUAUUACUCAGGUGGCGCCUUCAGCAGAGCGUGCUAAUCCAGAGGACGACUUACUUUCAAUGCGCAAAAAUUGGGAUCGUUCCUUUAUAGAUUAUGCUCACCCAGACAAUCCUACAUUUACAUAUACAGAUCCAGAUAACCCUUCAGGACUCGCAUAUGAGCGUGCAGCAAUUGGUACAUCACAACUUCCUGCAAAUAUUUGGCGUUACAAGGUAUCUGAUUCGCUGCGCGCUCACGAUGACAAGUUCCCACGUGUGCGCCUGGAUGCUGAAGGUAAUCCUAAACCUUACCAGCUUAACCCAGAAAUUGGGCUGCCACGCGAUUCGCUGUCACCGGUAGUUGAAAAGCGCUUGGCACAUACGCGACAAAUGCUUGCACAUGAGCUUAAUGCGCUUUUUCAGCGUCAAGUAUAUGACCGCAUUCAGGUCGAAAACCUGCUAGAGCGUGAGCGCACACGCAGACAUAACCAAGCAGUAGAUGCGGCGCAGAACGGAAACACAAAUUCGUCAACCCAAUCAUUUAAGCGACAUGUGAACACAGUUCCAUGUGUCGGAGGCGCAGACGAAAACGAAGAAGAGGGCUCGCCGGCGUUGCCCCUUCAGGCACGCGAGGCGCUCCUUAAUCUCAUUGACAAAACCCUGAUUCGUGUAGGCCAUCAGGCACACAUGACGGCUUCUUCAGACCGCGAUACAUGGGUUUCUUGGGCAGACAUUGUAGCUGCUAGUGGUUCUGCAACUGUGGGGCGAACCUACGAACGAUGUCGCCAACUUUUUGGCACUCCGAUACGGGAUCCUCGUGUCGCCCCUGCUGCUGAGUUUAAUCCAAACACAGGUGAAGUAUUAGGCGACGAGAAGCCCCCCAAAAGUUCUUUAAUGAUAAACCCAACCGAUGAGCUGGUUUUUUCAGAUGAUGAUGUUGAGGACGGACUCGCGGAUUCAAAUGGAAAUCUUACUUUUGGGCUUGAGGAAUAUGCGUUCCCGCCAGAAGAAGAGGCCAGUGGCGCACAACCUUUGUGUGGGGGACUAAGACCCUCGGUAAGAGAAGAUGGCUCCAAAGGUUCACCAGAACUUCUUGCAUCUAUUUCCAUUCCAGAGAUUGCGAGCCUUGACUCAGCAUCCGAACUUGUAAACCCAGCUGCCGUUUUUGGGCCAGCAGAGGAACUAGGUGCGGCUGCCGAGCUCGCGUGCGCUGCGAGCAAGACCCCUAGCACGGCGCGAACAACAGGUCCGGGCUCCGCCAAUACGUUGGGAGCGUCUGCUGGGCCUGGCGCAAACCCCGCAGCUCCCUCUGCACGAGACUCGCUGUUGGCAACAUAUGGUCUUGGUGCCGAAUACUUUAACAAUGAGCAUGAAAAUACAGCAGUCACAGUGGAAGCUGCUCGAGUACGUGCUCAGGCACGCGAUAAAAGAAUACGGAAAUUGCGUCGUAAACAUUUGAUGCAGUCUAUUGAUCCAGAACUAGGACGACAAGCUCGGCGUAUCCGCAGACUGGCGAACGGUGAAGUCGUGCGAUACGCACGGUACCGACCGUUAUCUCCUGGCGUUGCGGCCAAUUACAUUCGAAGUCGUGCCGCCGCUGCUCGUGGAGAGGCUCAGGAUCCCCCAGUGUAUCCUGCUGACUGGGUUGUUUCCGGGACACAAAAAAUAUUUUUUGGCUGGGCACCGUACGAGCAUACUGCCAUUAAACGUACAGGCGCUUGUUUGACCAAUUCCAGCAGUGGAAUUAAUACUGAUGACGAAAGCGAGAACUCAUCUGAAGAUGAAAAUGUUCCUGUAAUGUCUGGCCAGGUCCCUAAAUCAGCCUUGGAUAUUUCCAAGAAAAUUAAAAAUACUCAGGCUGCUCGACAAGCAGGGCUACGUGUGGGAGCAGGCCGGCAAAGGGCAGUGAGCAGGCGUUACUACAAGUACUACGAUAUUCAUUACCGUUACCGUGAUGGACCAACUAUGGCGUACAUUCCACGGAAACCUGGUGAACGGGUGGUUCUUCCUCCAUACGAAGUUCUGCCGGACUUUAUAGAGACACCUGAUAAGCACAGGGCGCGCCAGUAUGUAGGGACGAACGCACUCAAGCAUGCUGUCUUCCAAGUGUCGCGCAAGGGCAUGGGGAAACCGCACCCGCACUCCGAAGCAUUUUCUGAACGGUAUCCCAACGCGCUGAGCGUGUUGGAAGGUGCAGAUGUACCCGGGGCUCCUCAUGUUCCGGCUGCUCAGCAAGAAUACGUGGGUGCAAACCAAGAAAAUCUGGGGCUGACACUGCCGUUCCAUGUUUUUACAAACGAGAGCGACGAAAACGAGUAA